AUGACGUUGAACACACAGUUAAAUGAAGCCCAGUGCAAAAGAAGAAAUCUCACGUUACGAUAUCGCGUUUCUUUCUUUCUUUCAUUCUUUGUCUUUCCUCUUUCUUUUAUGCUAUUGUUUUCACAAUCAUUUUUCAGUGCUCUCUUUUCUUUCUUUCUUUCUUUCUUUCUUUCUUUCUUUCUAAAAAACUCUUCAUUCCAGCGUCCUUCCUUCCUUCCUUCCUUUCUAGAGUUUUUCAUUCCAGCCAUCUUUCUUUCUUUCUCAUACCUUCCUGUACGUCUUUCUUUCUUUCUUUCUUUCUUUCUUUCUUUCUUUCUUUCCAGAAAUUCUUUCCUUACAAACUUUUUCUUUCCAAAGUUUUUUCUUUCUAGAGUUCCUUAUUUCUUCCUUCCUUUGUUUGAUUCUUUCUUUCUUUCUUUUUUCUUUCUUUCUUACUUUCUUUCUUUCUUUCUUUCUCUCUUUCUCAUGCCUUCCUGUACGUCUUUCUUUCUUUCUUUCUUUCUCUCUUUCUCAUGCCUUCCUGUACGUCUUUCUUUCUUUCUUUCUUUCUUUCUUUCUUUCUUAUGCCUUGCUGUACGUCUUUCUUUCUUGCUUUCUUUCUUUCUUUCUUUCUUUCUUUCUUUCUUUCUUUCUUUCUUUCUUUCUUUCUUAUGCCUUCCUGUACGUCUUUCUUUAUUUCUUUCUUUCUUUCUUUCUUUCUUUCUUUAUUUAUUUAUUUAUUUAUUUAUUUCUCUUUUUUCUCUCUUUCUUCCUUUCAAGACUUAUUUCUUCCUUUCUAGAUUUCUUCUUGUCAAAUCUUCCUUUCCCAGUUUCAUUUCACUUUCUCGUUUGUCUCUGAGAUUUCGUUAUCCUUUUCUUAUCAAUUACCAUUUUCAAUCUCCCCUUAGCGCGGAAGAAUUCAAGGAAUUCUCUCUAGACUCUUCCAUCUGA